GCCCGGGCCACCCGGAGGGGCGCGCGGCGACGCGCGCGCGCGCCCCGCGCCGCCCGGCCGCCCAGCGGCCAGGCAGCUCAUCCACGGCGGGGCCGAUGGAGCGCCACUCCCGGCCCUCGGCCUCGGAGCUGCUCCGGCGCAGCCUUGGCUGGGCGCGCAGCCUGGCGCCGAGUGGCGGCGCGCUGAAGCCGCCGCCGCCGGGGGACCUGGCGCGGCACGUGCUGGCCGACAUGCCGCCCGACUUUGUGCCCCCGGGCUACGCACCGUACGAGGGGGAGGAGUGCAUCCUGGAGCACAGCCUCAGCCACAUCAGGGUGUCUGGCACGCCGCUGGAUCUGCGCGCCGCCGCGCCGCACGACCCCCCGGUCGUGCUCUUCGCCUACGCGGACCAGGCGAAGUACCGGGACUACCUGCGGCUGGCGAGGGAGGGCGCGACCUCCGCGGAGCUCCUGGAGCGGCUGGGCCGCAAGGGGCGCCCGCAGCAGACGCCGCUGUUCGGCCGGGGGGCGUACCUCACCUGCAAGGACCCCAGCGACUUCGCGUCGAAGGAGAAAGCGCUGUGGAACAACCACUGGCCGAGCCAGCGGGAGCUGGACGACGAGGAGAGGCAGCAGGCGCCCGAGGGCGCGACGCUAAGGCCCACCCGCAGCUUCAUGUCGAGGGUCACGAGCGCGAGCCCCGCGGAGCGCUCCCUGGCGGGGCCCAGGAGCUACAGGAACAGCGCGCUCUGCGGCCGCGUCGCCACGGACUUUGCCGGGCUGGCCGACUACUGCGUUCCCGUCCUCACGCCCCCGAGCUUGGCGUGCUGGAUAUGGCAUCGGCCGCCGCAGGACCUGGAGUCGCUGGGGGUGGGGCCGGGGUGCAACUGCUUCGGCGAGAGGCAGUGGGACGGGCGAGACAUCUGGGUGGUGCGCCUCCCCAUGGAGGAGUCCCUGCCGGCUCGGAUCGAGGAGGCCAAGCGGAGGGCGGAGCUGCUCACGCGCGCGCGGGGCGACGCGCACCCGGAGGCCCGCGCCGCGCUCGGCCACCUGGCCGAGCUGCUGGAGGCCGACGGCAGGGCUGGCGAGGCGGAGCUGUUGCUGCGCCACCUGCUGGACAGGCAGCUGCCGGAGGGCCCCAGGGCCGCCUCGCACGCCAAGAUCCGCCUGGGCGCCCUGCUCGCCAGGACCGAGAGGUUCGGGGGCAACGGCAGGGAGCUGCUGCAGCAGGCGCGGCUCGCGCUGGAGAAGGCCCUGGGGUUGGCGCACGCGGACACGCAGGAGGCCUACUGGCAACUGGCGCAGCUGCUUCUCGUCGCAGGCAGGGCGGGCGAGGCGAGGAACCUCAUGGAUGCGCUGCUGGGCUGCCUCGAGGAGAGGCACCCCGACGGGCUCCACGGGGACGUGCUGCAGACGCGCCUGCGCCGCGCACGGGUCCUGAAUGAGAUGGGCGACGUGCAGGAGGCCCUGGCGGAGCUGCAGCGCGUCGAAAGCGACAGCCGGCCUGGCCCGGACGAGCUGAUCACAGUGGAGGCCAUGAGCCUGCUGGCAGUGCUGCUGGAGAAGGACGGGCAAUUCGCGAAAUGCGAGAAGUUGCACGUUCGCUUGGUCGAGGACCUCACCCGGCUGAAGAGUGAGUCCGAUCCUUUCACCUUGGCGGCCCUCAACAACUACGCCGUGUUCCUGAACACGAUCGGGAGGCACGAGGAGGCGGAGCAGCACCUGCGCGCGAGCCUGGAGACGAGGGGCUGGGCAUCCAGGGAGCAGCCCGGGGCGCUCGACGAGCCCAAGCUCACCUCCCUCAGCAACCUCGGCUCCCUGCUGGAGGCGAUGGGCAAGUACAACGAGGCGGAGCCCCUGCAGCGCUUCGUGCUGGAGAUGCGCGAGGCGGCUGGCCGCGACCACGGGAGCACGCUCGAGUCGUGCAACAACCUCGCGGUGCUUCUGCAACGCCGGGGCAAGCACAGGGAGGCCGAGCAGCUGUACCGGCGGGCCCUGGAGGGCCACUUGAGAACCAAAGGGGAGCGGAGCUUGGCCAGCGGCAUGUCCCUGCACAACCUGGGAGAACUGUUGCUCGAGGAGGGCAAGGUGCAGGAGGCCGAGGACCUGCUGCAGCGCGCCCUGGAGAGCCGCAUGGGCGCGCUGGGGCCGGUGGCCUGCGAGACGCUGCGAACGCAGGACAGCCUGGCGCGACUGUGGCGGAGGACGGGGCGGGCGGCUCAGGCCGACGAGCUGCUGCGGCUGGCGGCGCAGAGGUGCCAGAGAGACCUCGGCCCCGUCCACGAGCUGACGCUGAUGGCGCUGAACAACCUGGCCGUCCACCUGCAGGCGGCCGGCCAGCCCGAGGAGGCCAUCGAGACGCUGAGGCACUCGGUGGAGGCCUGCCGCUCGUGCGCCGAGGAGCCGCUCGAGGGCCUCGAGGGCAGCGGCGAGGCGCUGGUCGGGCUGCCGCUGGCUGCAGGGCCGCGGCAGCUGGAGGCGCUGAACAACUUGGCGCUGCUGCUCCGCGAGGCGGGAGACUUCGCGGGGGCGGAGCCGCUGCUGAGGGACGUGCGCGAGGGGCGCAGGAGGCUGUGCGGGCCCAACCACCAGUCCACGCUGACCGCCGACAACAACCUGGGCGUGCUGCUCCAGGACAUGGGCAACUACAGCGAGGCCGAGCCCCUGCAGCGCGAGGCCUGGAGGUCCCGGAGGGCGACCCUCGGCCCCGAGCACCCAGAGACGCUCACCGCGCUGAACAACCUCGCCACCGUCCAGAAGGCCAUGGGGCACGAGGAGGCGGUGGAGACGCACAGGCUGGCCCUGCAGGGCAAGCAGAACUCGCUGGGCCCCACGCACCCCUCGACGCUGAAGACCCUGGGCAACCUCGUAGACCUGCUCAGCUCCACGGGCCGGGGGGACGAGGCCGAGCGCCUGCAACGCAGCGGCGUGCUGGACCAGGAACGCGCGCUCGGCCCCGAGCACGCCGACACCAUCGCCUCCCGCGUGAAGCUGGCGGCCCUGCUGAUGGCCGUGCCCCAGGCCCAGAGCUCCCCAGAGAUCCCAGGCUCCGAAAAAAUCGCAGCGGCCACUGUUUGCCCAUCUUCGGCUGCUGGGGACCCCCCGCGGGCCCUGGGGCCUGGGGCCGUCAGGAAACGGCUCGGGGUGAAAACCCAGUCUUGGGGAGGUGGAGGUGGUCCAGAGCUCAGGGGGUCCAGGCAUCGAAAAAAAAUGGGCGCGGGACGUAUGGGUCCGAGGAUGGCUUGUAUGGGUCCGAGGAUGGCUUUUUCAGUCCCUGGCUCCAAGCCCAGAGCCUGCGAGGAGCUCAGCUUCCUUGGUGCGCACGUGCUGAC